AUGCAAUAUGCAUUAUUCGAGCUAUAUACUUUUAAACCUCUAAAAUUAGUUUUAUACACAUUAACAUACAAGAAAUUUGAGUUAGCCAUGGCUGAGUCUAACGAGGAUCAUAAGCCUUUAGCCCCACUUUAUCUCACAACCCGGAGUGACCAACCAAACGAAGAAGAUCAGUACCACCAACACGACCAAACCAAAUACGUCCAUUCACAUGCAAAACUCAUCUUAUGUUGUGGUUUCAUCGCAUCUUUAGCUAUGCUCAUCGCAGUCACCUUCAUCGUCCUCUCCCUCACGGUUUUCCAUCUCCAUAACCCAAAACUCACGGUCGACUCCAUAUCCGUCAUCCAACGUUUGGAUUUCGUCAACGGUAAAGUCAACACGAACCGAAACGUUACAGUCUCAGUCGAUAUCUCAUUACAUAAUCCCAAUCCAGCACGGUUUAAAGUGAAUGAAGUUACGCUUUUGUUUAAACACGGUGAAUCCGAUGUAACUGGGGAAAGUAUUCGAAGAAAUGAAACUAUUCCAGCGAAACGGACGGUUAAGAUGAGCCUGACGGCUGAGAUUGUUACAACGAAGCUACUAGCAUCUGUUCCAGGUUUAAUGGAGGAUUUUAACGGAAGAGGAGUGAGACUGAAUAGUAGUGUUGAAGUUAGAGGUAAAGUGAAGAUAAUGAAGAUUUUCAAGAAAUCUGUUCAUCUUAUAACGGAUUGUUCCAUGAUGAUGAUGAUGAACAACUCCUCAAUGGUUACAUUACUCUGUCUCAGAAGAACACAUGAAAUGACUGAAAACAUGUCCAAAUCUAAACAAGAUUAAAUUUUGUUCUACGCUUAUUUAUAGAUGUCUGUAAAUACCGAAUGUGAAAAGAAAGAAAUGCAUUGUCGAAUCAAAAGAUAAGAACGUUCUGCUGGAAA